AUGGCCGGCAACAGCCCGAAGCUGUCCCUCACCGGGACCUACUCAUCCCCCACCAACGCCCCCUUCACCACCACCCACGAGCUGCAAGCACCCCCGUCCGGCACCGUGGACCCGACCGUCCCAGACAAGACCAAGUACCUGAGCGACCUGCGCAAGGCCGUGGCAAUCAUGCAGGACCAGGUCAACAAGGAGCUCACCCAGCGCAUGGAGGAGGACAAGGCCAAGGCCAAGGAGGCCGUCAAGAACGGCAAGCCUGCGGUCGACGACGCGAAGGAGGAGCAGAACUAUGGCGAGGAGGAGGUACAAGAGGAUUGA